CUCAUGGUGUAAACAUGUCGUCGGCACCUAUUGCAGAAAGAAAUCAAGAUGCCACUGUGUACGUUGGCGGGUUGGAUGAAAAAGUCACAGAGGCAAUUUUAUGGGAGCUGUUUCUUCAAGCGGGACCCGUUGUGAAUGUACACAUGCCCAAGGACCGGGUGACUCAGUCACAUCAAGGCUAUGGCUUUGUCGAGUUUCUUGGAGAGGAGGAUGCCGACUACGCGAUCAAGAUCAUGAACAUGAUCAAGCUGUAUGGGAAACCAGUCAGAGUUAACAAGGCCUCGGCACAUCAGAAGAAUCUGGACGUGGGAGCAAACAUCUUUAUUGGAAACCUUGACCCUGAGGUUGAUGAGAAGCUUCUGUACGACACAUUCAGUGCAUUUGGUGUCAUUCUACAAACACCCAAGAUUAUGCGUGAUCCAGACACGGGGAAUUCCAAGGGCUAUGCGUUUAUUAAUUUCGCUAGUUUCGAGGCCUCUGAUGCAGCUAUUGAGGCUAUGAAUGGACAAUACUUGUGUAAUCGCCCAAUCACAAUAUCCUACGCUUUCAAGAAAGAUUCCAAGGGAGAACGCCAUGGCUCCGCUGCAGAACGCUUGUUGGCAGCUCAGAAUCCACUAUCACUGACCGAUCGACCUCAUCAACUGUUCGCUGAUGCCCCGCCCCCGCCUGUUCAACCUCCAGCACCCACAAGUCUCCCAGCCGUGGUUCCCCCACCCCCUCCCCCCACAAAUCUUGCACCCCCAAUGAUGACACCAGUGACUCCAGUUUCAGCAAACUCUGUGGCUCCAUUACCCCCACCACCGGUUCCACCUCCAUCCAUGUCGAUGCCAGUUCCACCACUUGGGAUGCCUCCAUUUCCUCCUGGGGGGAUGCCACCACCCAUGCCUUCAGGUCCAAGCAGUGUUCCUUAUAAUAUGCCUCCUCCAGUGAGCAAACCACAGUACACGAAUUCUAACCAAGGUAUGUCAGGACCACCACCUCCUGGAAUGAUGUCUCAUUCUGGACAGCAAAACAACUACCCCCCUCCACCCCCCGGGCUAAGACCCCCUCCACCAGGCUGGAGAGGACCUCCCCCCAGAGGUCCACCACCACCAUUUGGACGACCCCCACCCCCAGGAAUGAGAGGGCCUCCACCCCGUGGUAUGCGAGGGCCCCCACCUAGGGGCAUGAGAGGACCUCCCCCGCCAGGAAUGAGAGGGCCUCCCCCACCGAGAUACUGAAUACUUUUACCAUGUUGACACUGAACAGUUCAUCAGAAAUGAUGCAGUUGAUUUGAAACCAUACUUCUCAAGGACUUGAAGAUCCAUUAUUACUGAUGAAAAAACAAAAGAAUUCCACUUUUGUAAACCGUAAUAAUUGAUCUUUAUAAUGGAAGGAAAAUGUGGAUGUUUGAUGAAGUAUGUCUUGCUAGUUUGUGUUAGCCAGACAAAUGCAACAAAAUGAAUACCAAUGAAGCAUGGUAAUUCCAAAAUUAGAAAGGUUUUUCAGGGCACAAUAUUUCAUAAAACUGUCACACUAACUUCACCAUGCAAAAACUCCUAAUGGAUUGUGUGAUCAACUGUUAUAUUCCAAAAUUAAACCUGGCAGAGUUAGGAUCACAAGAAUUUUAUUUGAUGUAUUCAAAAAAUUCUAAUUUAAAAAAGCUUAGUUUGUUUUGUCUGGAGCACAUGAUUUAUUAUUCAUUGGCUAUUGGAUGUCAAACAUUUAGUAAUUUUGACAUACAGUCUA